AUAAAUCACAGACCCCAAAAGCAUCUGCUUUUGAGUUGAAACUUUAGUUUUAAGACAAACCCACCAAAAAAAUGUGUGGAGGUGCAAUUAUUUCCGAUUUCGUUGCCGUGAAUCAUGGCCGGCAUGUGACUGCCGAUGACCUUUGGUCUGAACUUGACUUCUUCUCCGACCUCCUAGGUUUGGACAACAAUGGCAAAAACCCUUUCAACCAUCACCCUCACUGCACCAGCAACAACAAGUGGAUCGAUCCUAAAGACAAUCAACUAAACAAAGAGCAAAGCGAGAUGACUCAGAAGACAGGCCGAGUCAAAGAAAAAGCUGAGAAGACUCAGCGAACUAGGAAGAGCGUUUACAGGGGAAUCAGGCAAAGGCCAUGGGGUAAAUGGGCAGCUGAGAUUAGAGACCCUCAUAAAGGCGUCCGAGUUUGGCUCGGUACCUAUAACACAGCCGAAGAAGCGGCUCGAGCCUACGAUGAAGCCGCUAAGCGCAUUCGUGGUGACAAAGCCAAGCUCAACUUCCCUCAAGCUCAAGCCGAAGAAGAAGCUCCACCAGCCCUCACUCAGCCACCUGCUAAGAAAAGGUAUAUGGGUCCUGAGUUCACUCAACCGGGUUUCGAGAGAACCACAGACUCACCACCACCACCUUAUCAUAUGGGUUUAGGGUAUGGAAAUGAAGUUUAUAGGCCGGCUUUCGUGGAGGAGAGUGAGUUGGAGCUGAAAGAGCAAAUCUCGAGUUUGGAAUGUUUCCUUGGUUUAGAACAUGACAAUGAGAUCACUACGACUCAGCUGAGUGGAAACGGUGGGAGUGAGACUGACUCAAUGGAGCUUUGGACGCUUGAUGACCUCGUGACACAGUAUCAGCUACAGCACUAGCUUGUUUAUCAGUACUAAGAAAAAUAUAAUGAUAAUACUGUUUAUCGUUAAUCAAUGUUUAUGUGUUAAUUACAGUUUUUAUAAUUUCGUUAUACUAUCUAUAUAUACGUAUGUAUGCGUGUUUAUGAGUUUCUGAAUGUUAAUAUGUGUGUUUAUGAGU